AUGAGCACCAACGGGCAGGGGCCCCAUUCCCCCAAACAACACCGGGUAGGUGAGCACUGGAGUGCCGCCAACCCGGUGCCCACCAUCCAGAAAUUCAUGCAACAUCUGGACACCGAGAAACGCGAACGAGAAGCCCACGAAGUAGAAAUCACGAGGAAACAAGAAGACCAGCGCCGCGAGAAAGAAGCACUCGGAGAAAAACCGGAAGAUGAGACGGCCGCUCAUAAGAAUCGGGAGAUCCCCAAGGGGAAGACUAGGAUGGUUACAGAUCCAAUAACGGGUCGCGAUAUUGAGGUGGAGGAUCAGGAUGAGGAUUCGAUGGAGCCGGUUAAGAAUCCGACGUUGGCGAUUCCAAAUGCCAAUAUUGGCAAGGAAACGAACGUCAAAACCCAUGCGAACCAAAGCUACGAAGAAUACAAAGAAGCACAAGAUGUCACGGCCCCUCCAGAUCCCGUCGCUGAAGGGACAACAUCCGACGUCCCCAUUCGAGGCGAGAGAACGAACGUUCUCUUUCACCCUACCCCGGCGAUCUCGUUUAAGCCUAUGUUCGAACACCUGGAAAAGCGUGCGACAGGGAUGUGCUUGGGGUUUACACUGGGAAUUCUGUUUGUUGGUAGGAUGUUUGGUGCUUCUCUCUGGGGAUUGGUGCCGUUGGCUGCUUGCGUCACAUCAGCCGUAUGGCUGUGGAUGAAGGAGGUCAUUCGAAGUGGCCGGGAAUUAGAAUGGAGCAGUGAGCAACUCCGAGGACAAACGGCUACGGCAAAUCUUCUUCCUGAAUCAGUCGAGUGGAUGAACAGUUUCCUUGGUGUCUUCUGGGGACUCGUUAACCCUGAGAUGCUGUCCCCCAUCAGCGACACCAUUGAGGACAUUAUGCAGGCGUCCUCACCCGGCGUGAUUGAAAAUGUGCGGAUCGCUGAGAUUGACCAAGGGAACAACCCUCUACGAAUCCUGAGCAUGCGCGCUCUCCCGGACGACCACGUCGAGAACCUCAAAGAGAACAUCCACGAGGAGAACAAGAAAAAAGACCCGCAAGAAGCUGCCGCUGCAGAAGAGGGUGGUAGCUACUACAACCUUGAAGCAUCUUUUGCCUACCACGCGAAACCGAGUACCCAAUCUGCUUCAUCAAAAGCGCGUAAUAUGCACAUGCAACUCGUCUUCUACCUGGGAUCCCGGGGUCUCUUUGGCGUGCCAUUCCCUGUUUUCGUGGAAUUGAUUGAAAUGGUUGGGACGGUACGCUUGCGGUUUCAGAUGAUGCCCGAGGCUCCGUUCAUGAAGGAUGUGACGUUCAGCUUGGUAGGCAUUCCCCAUAUCCGGGCUGGCUGUAUGCCCAUGGUGCGUGGCGGUGUCAACAUCUUGAACCUUCCCUUGAUAUCCAACUUUGUCAACUAUGCCAUUGGAACUGCCUGUAGCAUGUUUGCCGCUCCCAAGUCGAUGACAAUGGACCUGGGCAUGAUGCUGAAGGGCGACGACGUUGUCAAAGAGACCCAGGCUUUAGGUAUCAUGUGGGUUCGCAUACACCGUGCUGUUGGGUUGAGCAAACAAGAUACCCGUGGCAGUGAGGGCGGAGGUAGCGACCCCUAUAUCAACUUGUCCUUCUCCAAGUACGGAAAGCCUAUGUAUUGUACGCGUGUGAUCACAGAUGACCUCAACCCUAUCUGGGAGGAAACUGCAGCGCUUCUCGUUACCCCAGAGCUGAUAAAGGCCGAUGAAAACCUGAGUGUCGAGCUCUGGGAUUCUGACCGUACCACUGCUGAUGACAUCGUUGGCAAAGUGGAACUCCCAAUCCGUGAGAUGCUUCAACACCCGGCUCGGAUGUAUCCUCAGGUGUCAAAGCUCCAGGGUCUAAGCGAAGGCAGCGAGAUGCCGGGUGAAUUGCACUGGGAAGUUGGAUUCUUUGGUAAGCCCCGGUUGAGGCCUGAACUGAUCACCGAUGGUAAGAAGAAGGACCUACCGGAGAACAUGCAAGACAUUCCAGAAUUUCAGGACGAGAAGGGCGUUAUCAGCAACGAGGAAGAGGACGCGAUCGUCCGCACACCCCCGGAUCCUCUCUGGCCCAGUGGUAUUCUGAGUAUCAUUGUCCACCAGAUUGUGAAUCUGCAGCUGGUCGAUAUUAAGGGUAGCAAAGGCAACCGAAAAGGAAGAGAGUAUGAACCGGCUAGGAAGUACGGUGAAAAUACUGAAGAGCAGGGUGGCGAGUUGCCUACCAGCUACUGCAAGGUUAUACUCAAUGACCAAUUGGUCUACCGUACUCGAGCGAAAGCCGUGAGCUCCAAGCCAAUUUUCAAUGCUGGAACCGAGCGGUUCAUCCGCGACUGGAGAUCUGCCGUGGUCACCGUGACUGUCCGAGACCAGCGAUAUCGCGAGCACGAUCCCAUCUUGGGUGUGGUGCCACUGAAACUCUCAGAUAUUCUCCAGAAUAGCUCACAGUCCACAAGAUGGUACCCGCUUGAUGGCGGUGUAGGAUUCGGCCGCAUCCGCAUCUCGCUUCUGCUCCGGCAUGUCGAGACCAAGCUUCCUCCACAGAUGCUGGGUUGGGAUGUUGGAACAUUCGAGUUCACCUCCAAUAAGCUCAUUGCGGAGGGCUUCAACCACUACUGCAAGAUCAAGCUUCGCACAGGGGGUAGCAGCGGAAAACUCCCACGUCACGGAUGCCACCUUGAGAACAACAGUGCCACCUUCGACCUCACCAGCAAAACAGCACAAAGACACCAGAUCCGUCUCCCCGUGAAGCACCGCUACCGUAGCCCUGUGGUCUUUGAGCUCCACACGCAAGGCAAGCACCACGCAGCGGGAUUCGCGGUCUUCUGGCUCCAGCACCUCAUUGACAACGAAGACACCUCUAUCGAUAUCCCCAUCUGGUCUACGAAGAAAGGUGCUCGCCUGACACAGAACUAUAUCACCGAGACCAAUUGGAAAGCCAAGGAAGUUCCCGGUCUGGAAGACCUUACUGAGAUUGGCCGUCUCAAAUUCAAGGGCCGCUUCAGCCCAGGAAUCGACGAGUCCCAUGAACAAUUCGUCGUCGACAACAACUCCCGCGAGACCUUCGAGUCAUGGGAAGCCUGUGUCGCGGAAGGCGUCCGCACAAGCAAUGUCAUCGCUGAAGUCCCGGAAGAAGUCGAGCAGUUGCAUGAGCGAUCCCUCGUGAACGGACGCGACGUGCUCAAGCAUGCGGAUCUAAAGGAACGCAGGCGCUGGAUUGACAAGCAAGGAAUCGACUGGAGUGGUGCUUUUGGUGAUGAUCCGCGCGCCUAUACGGAUCACAAGGGACGCAAGAUUGCCGAGCCGGGGCGUGAUAAGCCCCCCCAUGACCCUGUUGUUCCGCCGCCAGUUGAAGCACAAGCACCAGGAACCAGCCAGUUUCAGGAAACCGAGGAAACCCAGGCGCAACGGUCACGGGAGUCCGGUGAGACCCAGAACCAUGGUCAGGGGUACGAUAACGAGCAUGACGAAGACUCCGAUACCCAAUCCUCAACAGAAAGCGAAGAUACCCCUACAAUCAUAAGCACCACAACCAAUGAUACCAGCAACACCAGCAGCAACUCCAACGGCAACAAAGCCGACAAAGCCACCAAAAAGGCGAACAAACGCACAGAUGAACGUCAGCAACGCGGACUGAUGCAGUGGAAGCCUGCGAGGAACAUGGCGUUUGCAAAGGACGAGGCGAAGUAUGCACUGAGGAGGGUUGGAAAGAAGUUUACGGGCGAUUUGACUGGGAGAGAGCCGGACGUUGAGACGGAGACUUAG